UGCGAUCCCUACGUGAAGAUUUCCGUGGGAAAGAAAUCCAUCAACGACCAGGAAAAUUACCUGCCCUGCACCCUGGAGCCUGUCUUUGGGAAGAUGUUCGAGCUGAGCUGCACCCUGCCCCUGGAGAAGGACCUGCGGGUGGCCCUGUACGACUACGACCUGCUGUCCAAGGACGAGAAGAUCGGGGAAACCGUCAUCGACCUGGAGAACCGGUUCCUGUCGCGCUAUGGGGCGCGCUGCGGGCUGCCCCAGACCUACUGCGUCUCCGGGCCCAACCAGUGGCGGGACCAGCUCCGCCCUUCCCAGCUGCUCCACCUCUUCUCCCUGCAGCACAACUACAAGGCUCCCACCUACAAAUCCGACCGGAUCAUCUUCAGGGAUCAGGAGUACGUCCUGUCUGAGCAGG